AUGGAGCUUCCCAAUCUCUCCACUAUUCCCUCUCUUCCCCAAGAGGCUCAACUGCGCGUGCUGGACACGCUCUUCGAGUCUUCCCCCGAACUUCAUCAGCUGAUGAUUCCAGUCCUGGCCAACCAGACCUUCUCAUCUUAUGGUACUUUGAUCGAGGCCGUGGGGGGUCGCAUGUCCGCUCUCUCCGCCGUGAAUUCCCCCACUGAUCGGGACGUCUUGUUCGGCAUCCUUGGCUCCCACCCUCGUCUCGGUCGCGCUCCCGCCAAUCCCGAGCAUUUGAGUGAACUAAGCAAGAAGGAGCAAGAACAAUUGAACACGGGUGCUGAAGAACAAGGGGAGAAACUCCGGGAAUUAAAUGCCGAAUAUGAGCAGCGAUUCCCUGGAUUGCGAUUUGUCUCCUUUGUCAAUGGCCGCAGCAGAGAUGUGAUUAUGGUGGAAAUGCGCCAGCGUAUUGACCGGGGCAACCAAGAGAAGGAGAUUGAGGAAACUAUCCAGGCCAUGUGUGAUAUUGCAAAGGAUCGGGCCCGAAAACUGCAAGCGCGAAUUUAA